CCCGGAUCGAGCCCUCCCCGCCCGGGGUCGUGACGCGCUGAAAGCCGUGGCUGACUGGGCGGCCGAGUGGGCGGCCGGGCGGGCGGCGGGCGGGUGAACUAGACGGUCUGCGGGCCCUGCGUGGUCCGGGGCGGGAGGCGGCCGCCAGUGGCGGUGCGCCGAGGCCUGCGCGCCCGUCCUCCGCUAUCGGGUCGCCCCUCUCCGCCUCGCCAUGGCCCUCGGAGCAGAAGGAGCCGCGGCGCUCGACUGCUUCGAGGUGACGCUCAAGUGUGAGGAAGGAGAGGACGACGAGGAGGCCGUGGUGGUUGCCGUGAUCCCGCGGCCCGAGCCGAUGCUCCGAGCCGCUCCUUUGGAUCGCGUGAUUCAACCGGUCAAGCAGAAGAUUCUGAUUUUAACCCAACAGGAAAAGACGCCGCCACCUAGGCCUAACCUGCUGGAAGCAGGUGUCGAAGGCUGUGAGGAGCCCAAGCAGCAAGUGUCAUGGGAACAGGAGUUCCUGGUGGGGAACAGCCCAGGAGGCAGUGGACGGGCACUGUGCAUGGUGUGUGGGGCUGAGAUCCGGUCCCCAUCAGCAGAUACUGCUCGCACACACAUCCUGGAACAGCAUCCGCAUACCCUGGACCUGAGCCCCUCUGAGAAGAGCAACAUCUUGGAAGCCUGGAGCGAAGGGGUGGCCCUUCUGCAAGAUAUCCAAGUUGACCAGCCAUCCCUGCCCAGCCUAGAGUCAGGCCAGGAUGGCCAUCCAGACCCCAACUCCAACCCGGACCCUGCCAGGAUGCCAGCAGAGAUCGUGGUCCUCUUGGACUCCGAGGACAACCCAUCCCUCCCUAAGAGACUCCGGCCCAGAGGACUCCGCCCUCUUGAACUGCCUGUUGCCCCUGUCACAGAGCCAGGAAAUAAAAAGGCCCGUGGUCAGAGAUGGAAGGAGUCCUCUGAGGAGGAGCCUCCUAGGAAGAAGAGAAGCAGACAUAUGACCAAAAACCUGGACCCUGACCCAGACCCCCCAUCUCCUGAGUCACCCACAGAGACGUUCGCAGCACCAGCCGAAGUCCGACACUUCACUGAUGGCAGCUUCCCUCCUGGCUUUGUACUCCAGCUCUUCUCCCACACGCAGCUCAGGACCACAGACAGUAAGGACCCUUCUAAAGUCAGCAAAGGAGCAGGAGAGGGCCUGCCUCAGCCAGAAAGUCCCUCUUCAGCACACUGCUUCCAGGCAGUUCAACAGGUUGAAGAUGUCCUUUCCAGGUGCCUCAGUUGGGCCAAACCUCUUCCAGCUCCCCCUCCGGGGCUUCGUGGGACACUGGAUCUCCAGGUUAUUCGUGUUCGGAUGGAGGAGCCACCAGCCGUCCGCCUCUUACAGGACUGGUCCAAGCAUCCCCAGGGUACCAAGGGGGUGGGAACAGGUGACAACCCAGACUGGCCCACUGUUCUGUCAGACUCCAGUGCCACUGUUAAGGAACAACCAGAGGCGGGAAAUGGGGUAUGAGUUUUUACUUUCCUGGGGAGGGAGGGGUGGGAGGAAGGAAAGGUGGAAGGGAGGAGGCAGUAUCCUUCUUUGGCUUAAAUCUCAGAUCUGCCCAGCUCAGCCACCUGAUUGAGUUUUAAAACCAGGUGCCAGAAAAUGUGGAAGGAGAAGUGACAUCACUGUCACAUUGGGGCACUGGAAAAUGCCUGCCCCUGGACAAUCCUGAAUUAGGCAGAGGUGGCUUAGGCUAUUGGGUGAUACGGCAUUGGGCCUGUGGAGAACACCUUACCCAAUCCUUUGCUGACUCACCCUCUAACCCCACACCUCCUUCCUGUCAGCUCCCACCAUUCUCCCCUGGCACAGUGCCUUAUGCAGAGGUGGUCAUGAUGGGGUUUGAACUGAGUCCCACUACCUCGGGGGACACCUCUCCUCCCCCACUUCUGGCUCCUUCAGGAGGAGGCCUCCAUUACCUCUUAACCGCCUCAUCCCUGCCGAGGGCUCCCUUUACCACCCCUUCUCCUAUUAUCCUGUUGCAUCUUUUAUCCAGUUGUAUAUAUUGCCUUU